CGGGGAGUUUGUUUUAGGGGUUGCACACAGUCGUCGCGAAAAACGCAUGUGGUUGUUAUGCUUAUGUUUGUAAUUCAACGCUUCUUUAAUCAACAAACUUUCGUGCUUUGGUCCUGAAAUAUAUCGCCACAUUCCGCCGAAAUGAAGCUGUUAACGCAUAACAUGUUAACGUCGCACGUGAAAGGCGUGGUUAAAGGAUAUCCACUUGUUAUCAAGGCAACAGAAGUGAAAGUGAACGAGUUGGAGUUCAAUGCUCAGUUUGUGAGCCGGAUGAUCCCUAAGCUGGAGUGGAGCGCCUUGAUCCAGGCAGCAGAAUGGCUGGGACAAUCUCAGGACCUGCCCAGCACACUCAUACCAAACUAUGAAAAUGAUGAGGAUUUUCUGCGCAAAGUUCACAGAAUUCUUCUAGAGGUUGAGGUUAUAGAGGGAUGUUUACAGUGUCCUGAAUCUGGCAGAGAGUUCCCCAUCUCCAAAGGGGUUCCCAACAUGUUACUCGAUGAAGGCGAGUAGAUCGAGCUGCUGCACCCAUCCCACAAGAGAAGAUCUAGACUGUUUAUUGGAGCCAAAUGUUUCUUUUAGAUAUCUGGGGUGCCGUUUUCUUCUUCUUCAGAGGAGGAGGAGGGAGAAAAACACCAUACCGUAAUUCACUAGUUAUUCUGACUUACACAGACAUGUUCAACUACUUUCUCAUUGAAUUUGGUUAUGAGAAUUUACAUUGUGUUGUUUCUGUCAUUGUUUGUGCUUUGUAAAAUAUAAAAUAAAUUUGUAUUAAUUUACUCUUAA